AUGGCCGAGUGGUUCAGGUUGUCGGCUUUGAAUCACUUGCCCCUGAACUCUGUUAGUUUGUACUCUACACUUGUCGUCAUUGGCGUAAGCAAUCCAGCUGGCCUUUGGAUGUUCGGUGGUUAUACCCACAUGACGUCCCCGCAAGUGCGUGAAAUAAUGCCGGGAGAGUCAUUGAAAAGACCAGAGGUUGUUUUUUCUGCAAGAAAUUCAAGAGAAACCUCACUGACAAAUGGCCAAACAAUGGUUUUCACCGAGAUCAUCUUGAACAAGGGCGAUGGUUACAACAAAGAGGACGGGGUGUUUACAGUUCCUUAUACUGGCAUCUACAUGUUCACUGUGCAGUGGUGUAUACCUAGCAAUAAAGGAUUUAAUUUUGACUUCGUAGCAAAUGAAGUUCCCUUCAAAAAGUCGUCUGCUUAUCGUAAAGUUGGUGUUGUAUGUGAUAAUUUUGAUGCCCUGACCACUACGCUCAUAACCGAAGUCGAGUGUAUAAUUAACGAUCGACCGCUGACACAUUCAUCAACAAAUCCAGCAGACGACGAACCCCUGACGCCUUCACACUUACUAUACGGGCGAAGAAUCACCUCACCUAUCUAUCCAGAUGACCGAGAAGAACCGGAAGCAGACGACAUGUCACGUGAUAAAGCAGACAAGCUAUACCGUUUUAAGUCUGCUACAAUUGAGCAUUUUUGGUCCCGGUGGAAGCACGAGUACCUUACGUUGUUAAGAGAGUUCCACAAACGUUUGGGAGGCGAAGGCGAUCCGAUUCGAAUUGGCGACGUAGUCCAGAUUCACGAUGAUACAUUACCCAGAAGCAGGUGGUCCUUAGGUGUUAUUGAUGACGUUGUUAUUGGAGCAGACGGACGAACACGUGCAGCACGAGUCAAAUCUAGAAAGGGCAUCAUUACCAGACCUAUAGCAAAACUUUAUCCGCUUGAGCUGAUUGAAUAG